GCAGCGUGAGGACGAGUGCAGCCUUUGAUUGGCUGCGGAAUGGGUGUGUAGUCGCUGAUUGCCUUCAGGGUAGGCCUAUCCAGUCGCUGAUUGGCUGUAGAAUAAUCCCAUCAACUGCUGAUUGGCUGCAGGCUAGGCACACCCAUCUGAGGCGGUAGGGCAGAACCAACCGAGACUCCAGGCUCCCCCACAGCCUUCCCCGCGCCGCAGAGCAAAGUCUCUUGGCGUCACGAGCCUGUCUUAGCUUGUUGGCUCUUCUGGCAGCCGUUGAGUGCGAGAUUUGCGUUGGGCCUGCCCGGACUGGGCUUACAGGAAAGCGGGGCUUCUCAGUCAGGCGGUGGGUGCCCGGUUCAGGAGUCAGAAAAUCAGCUUUCCAGUCAGCCUAAGUAGGUCUGUCGUCCAAAAGUGAGAGCUUCCCUCAGCAAGUCUGGAAAGCCCUCUGGGCCGCUGGGACUCCGCCAAGGAAACGCGCAGACGCAAGAAAGUGUGCUGAGGCCCAUCUAGCCAGGAGCCCUUGGAACAAGAGCCGAAGUCAUCUUUAUGAAAAGAAUUGGUUGUAAUACAUGAAUGCAAACUUCUGUGGCAAACAAUGCCAAAGUGUAUGAAAUAAAACUGACAAUCCUACUUCAUUUUUUCUCUAAUCACUGCUCCACUCAUAGUUACUCAUCUUCUCAUCUUCUGAACCACACGGCUCUGAUGUGAGAGCCAGCUGCGGCGAAGACUCUAGCCCCUCCUCUUCCUGAGGACCCCUGCUGCUGCCGAUGGCAGGUCCCCUGCCACAGCUGGCACCCACCAGGCUACUCUAUUCCUCUUGCUCCACGGAGAGGACUCUGCAGUGCAGCUGUUCCUUCCAUGGUAUCCCCACACCCUCCGUGCAGUGGUGGAUGGAAGGUUCUCUUGUAGAUGAGAACAACCCAGAUGGCGACCUCCAGGUGACUUCCACCAUAAUUGCCCCCUGGGCCAACAGCACCAUCAGCUUGGCGGAGAAGCCAAAAAAGAGCACGAAGCUUCUCUGUAAGGGGAAGAACCGAAAUGGAACCCAUGCUUUGAGCAUCCUACUGAUACCAAGAAAGAGUCCUUCAUCCAGCAAGACCUUCAUUAACGGGCUGAUCCAGGGCAUUGUCUACGGAACCAUUGCAACAGCAUUGAUGUUCCUCUGCUUCUCCCCACUCAUAAUGAAAUAUAUCAGAAUGAAGCUGACAAAGGAAGUUGCAGCAAUCAAAGCAGAAAACAACCCUACAGUCAGACCAAGCCAAGAAGCCAAGAUGCCUCUUAAGCCUGAAGAGCCAGGAAAAUCCACAAUCAGCUCAUCUUCAGAGAACCAAAUAUUGCAUCCCUUACCCUAAACUUCCAGAAAAAGCAAAAUAAACUGGAACUGGAACUGAUGACACCUGUGAAGACUACAUGCCUACCUGGAGUCCCCACUGUCCAUGGAAUUAUCACAGUCUACAGAUUUCUCAGCAGCCCCAGAAACCCUGGAGUCUAUGACAAACCCAAAGAUCCCUAAAGCCCCACCUGUCCCUCACCUUGGUUCUCCAUUGAAUAGGGUUACUUUGGGACCUGGUCUUAGAACAUUUGACAGCAGACUCUAUGAUUUGCUGUUCAGGUUAACUAGAAGAAAUAUGCUCUGGUCUGGGAUGGUGUCAAAGGAAGGGAAAAUUAAUGUGAGAUCAUGGUCCACCUAAAAGUAGCUUUUGAGCCCCUACUGUGUGCCCAGAACCUGUUGGGCACAGCAAAGAUGGCGCUGGCCUGCCUUCUCUUCCGGCUAGAAAAGGCGCCACCGUGGCAGUAUUGGCGCCAACGUGGCGGUUUCGGUUCCGCAUAUCUCUGACUACGUAACCAAACCCCAUAGGCUCUCUCCCCGCUGACCUCAUUUCCCAUCCCCUACCCAAUAUAAGCUGCAACCCCGCUCAAUAAAGUGAGAUCCUGCUUCGACAGA